AUACCAGGGAGUCUCUUGUUGUCUUUUUGGCUCUCGGGCGAUUACUUGUAUUUGUGCCGCAACCUAACGAGUUACAGCUGUGUCAAGAGGCAAAUUCUAGGUAGAGUCGAAGUGUGAUGAUCCUUUUUUUUCUUCUGUUUUCCAAAUGCCUUCUUCAAAGUAGACCAGAUUUUAGUUGGGUGAAUGAUGAAAAUCUGCUUGCGAAGGUGAAGAAUUUGAAGAAUUUGAAGCGACAACGAUUGGUACCAUCAAAAAAAGAUCUUGGGGUUCUUCUUGCACCUCUACUAUGGCGCGUGGGAACGAGGUCCCAGAUACAGGUUGUACGGGGUCGAACUUGGGAAAAUUAGAAAUCCUGUGGCUAGACUGCGACGUUAUUGGUAAGUUUGACAAUGCCGGUGCAAAG